AUGAGUUACCCUGGAUAUCCAACGUAUCCUCAGGCACCUGGACAGCAUCCACCUCCUCAACCGAAUGCACCCGCGUAUCAAACAGCCCCACUCUCCUAUCCAAUAUACCCUGGUUCUGCUGCUCCUCAACCGUAUGGGUUUCCCUCACCUUCACCUUAUCAACCAUAUCCACAACAUUCUUCUCCUUACCCAAGCGCCAAUCCAGCACCAGGUGGAUAUCCUCAACAUACCACUCCUUAUCCGGGCUCUUCCAUGCCUACUGGAUCACCCUAUCCCUCUUCUAAUCCAACUACUGGUGCUUAUCCACCAAUGUCUUCUCAUUAUCCUCCAACUAGUUCCCCUUACCCGAGUGGCAAUCCACCGACAAGUUCACCAUACCCUCAGUCUAGUCCUUAUCCUAGCGGUAAUUCAAGCCCAUACCAAGCCUCACCUUAUCCGAGUGGCUCUGCUCCUGCUCCUUACCAACAGCAACAGACUUCUUCACAUCAUGCUUCAGCAGCUCAGGUUAGCAGCUAUCCCGGCAGCCAUGGAGGUCAGACCUCUUAUCCUGGAGUGGGCAGAGCAGAGCCUGCUCCUCUCUAUGCUCAGGUGCCUCCUUUAACUUCACAUUCCUCUGCCAAAACACCUACUCCAACCGUUAGACCUGCCAAUCCAUUUAACCCACGAGCUGAUGCUGAAAUUUUAAGGAAAGCGAUGAAAGGAUUUGGAACAGAUGAAAAAGCAAUCAUUGAGGUGCUAACGAACAGAACCAAUUCACAAAGGCAGCAGAUAUCUUUGGAAUUUAAAACACUCUAUGGAAAGGACUUGGUAUCAGAUUUGAAGAGUGAAGUAAGCGGUAAAUUGGAAGACUUGCUUGUUGCAUUGAUGACUCCGAUUCCCGAUCUUCUUGCUAAGGAAUUAAAUCAUGCUAUAUCUGGAUUGGGUACUAAGGAAGAAACCAUAGUUGAAAUACUGUGCACUGCAAACAAUUACGAAAUGAAAUGCAUCAAGGCAGCAUAUGAAAAACUUUUUGGAUCUUCAUUGGAACAAGAUCUGUAUGGUGAUACAUCUGGAAAUUUCAAAAGACUCCUGAUUUCCUUAUGUCAGGCAAAUAGGAACGAAGCUUUUGGAGUUGAUCAGAACUUAGCUUUUCAAGAUGCUCAAGCUCUCAUGAGAGCUGGUGAACUUAGGUUAGGAACUGAUGAAUCGACCUUCAAUGCUAUUCUCUGCUCUCGUAGCUAUUCCCAGCUAGCUGCUACUUUCGCUGAAUAUCAGAGACUUACAGGAAAUGAUUUCGAGUCUGCUAUCCGUUCAGAAUUUUCAGGAGACAUUGAAUCUGGUCUCAUUGCCAUCGUUCACUCUGUCAGAGACAAAAGUGACUUCUUCGCAGAUCAGCUUCAGAAAAGUAUGGCUGGUAUGGGAACGCACGAUCGUGCCCUUAUAAGAAUAGUAUGCUAUAGAAGUGAAAUUGAUAUGGGUGAUAUAAAAAAUGCUUAUCAACGGAAGUUUGGAAAGUCACUUCAGGAAGCCAUUGCCGGUGAUACUUCGGGUGACUACAAGAAGUGUUUGUUAUCUUUGAUAGCCUGA